AUGUUGAAUAUGUUACAUUUUUCAAACAAUCGACGGCAAUCACAUCGGCAAAGUGUGUUUGAAUUGGACAAAUGUGCAUUUGAUGCGAAUUCAUCAUCAAACAAAGAUUCAGCUAUAUCCCUGGACUCCUCCCUAGGAAGCUUACCAUCGAGUUCUUCCCUUUCCAGUCAUGAGGUUACCUCCUACAAUGCCAGAUGUCUUCGUAAUUUGAAAAGAAGUGGAGUACGGAUAACACCAGAAGACGUUUAUGAACUUCGACGAGAACUACAAGCUGACUACGCAGCGCAACGUACUACAGCGGAACGUAAGAGAUGUUUACGGGAAGCUUGCGCUACGUUAUUGGAGUUGCGAAGUGAAUUGUUGGAGGAGCCAAGACGAGACGACGAGUCUAUGGCAUUUUACGUCUUCGAGUAUCAAGCAUUCCUUUGCUGGAUCUACUCAACAAUUCGAUUUGCUGGUUUUACCAGCGAAAUGGAACGACAUUUUCGCGAUAUGAAGGUACUUAACGAAAUCUUCCUAUGA